AACUCACUCCUUCCUUUGUCCACUUUCUUACUCUCUCUCUUUGGACCGGCAUCCAUGGAUUUGCUAGUUCCUGCAUCUAGCCAGGCGCAGCCCAGAAACAUCCCCCUCGUCUGCGGAAUAUGCCCACGCAAGCCCACCUUCAGUGACCUAUCCCAUCUGCUCACCCACAUCAGCAGCAAGGCUCAUUUGUCAACCUAUUACAAGCUCAAGGUCCGCUCGGGUUCUGAUGAUGCUGCUCGUCAAUCCGUCGAGCGCUACGACAUAUGGUACGUCGAGAAUGACAUCGAGUCUUUCAUGUCCGAACGUAUGAAGCACAAGGAUGAACGCAAGAAGAUCAAGACCGCAUNNCAAUCCAACCUCAAGGCCAUCAAAGAGNAGGUUCACUCGCCAUCGAUCACUCCUUCGUCGACAUCUUACGACGACACCGCCUCGGUCUACCCUCACCCGUACGCUGCAUUCGCACCGAUGUAUAGCUGGGCGGCACAUCCUUACCUCUACCACAGACAGGACUCAGCAUUCGUCGAGGCAGACGAUCGACAGACUUCGAGUGAAGUCUCACUCGUGCCACGAAAGCGUAAGGUCAAGGCUGAAAAGUCUCACGGUGGAGAUGCCGGUGAGGACGACGACGACGAUACCAGCAAGCUCAAGGGUAUUGUCUGGCCAGGUAUGGGCCUCUUCGACGCAGCCACUCCAGAGUUGAAGAAGAAGCGUAACCAAAAGAAAGACGUUUCUGUCAACGAUCGUCUUGCCACCAUGUCCGAGGGAAUCCAGAAAGAAGAGCUGAUCUUCAGCCCAUCUGGUAGUCUCUGCAAGAAAAGAGUCAUCUCUGGCCAACCACAACCUGAGGACGAUCUGCUACCAGGCGAGGAGUUACCUGCCCGCCCAGCCAAAGUCAAGAAGGAACCCACAAAGAAGCCUCGUGAAGCCAAGAAAUCUCUUGACAAGAAGCCUCUGAAAGACAAGGACCCCAACGCCAGCACGAAGCCCACUCUUCGCCUGGUAGCCAAGAAGAAAGUCCGCAAGCAGGAAGCCGUUGCUAUCACCAAUGCAGCUUUGCAAGAAGAGAAUGCCGCCGAGGAGGAAGUGUCCCUCAAGACCAGACGCAACAAGCGCAAGAAAGCACCCAUCGACGCAGCCGAGGAGGAAGGCGAUGCUCAGAUGGACAUGAAAGAAGCCACAUUCGAGCAGCCUGUUGUCAUGACACACCUUACCUCUGGCUAUCAGCAGGCUCCGAUGUACGUCGCAGCAGCACCCAUGGGAUUCAGAGCAGCCGAGCCCACCUACAUGAACAUGACGGGCCAGAGUUACUACCAAUUCCCGGCUGGACAGAACAAUCCAUUCUCGUACGACCCAUCUCCCUUGACGACAUGGGACUACUUCGGAUACGGCAUGGGAAGCAGCAUCGGAAAUCCUCUGUUCUCUGGCAUGUACGGAGGCAGCUUUGGAGACGAUGAUGAAGACGAGGACAACGAGGGUACCAUCUCGGCACCAAUCUCGGAGUCGUGA